AGAAGAAAAAAAUAAAUGAAAGUCAGAUGGGAUCGGAGAGAGGAAAAUUAGUUCUCCGUUCAUUGUUGAGCUUUUUCUAACACACUCCGCACCGAACUAGAAGAACCGCCAGAUCUUUCCUUCUCCGAAGUGUCCGCCAUAGCACAAUCUUCGAAAAUGCGUUCUCAACUUUUCUUUCUCUUGCUUUCUCUCCAAUUAUUCUUCUCUCUGUUAACUUCGUCCCAUGCGAUUUCCUCUGGGUCCGGCGAUGGAUACACCAUCUAUGGUCGUGUGAAGAUUCCAAGCAACACACUUAAAGGAUUUGGACUUCCUGGAAAAACAUCAAACAUUAAAGUCAUACUUAAUGGUGGCCAAAGAGUAACCUUCUUGAGGCCCGAUGGAUAUUUUUCAUUCCAUAAUGUGCCAGCCGGAACCCAUCUGAUUGAAGUGGCUGCAUUGGGUUCUUUCUUUUCUCCUGUUCGAGUUGAUGUGAGUGCCAGAAACCCAGGUAAGGUUCAGGCAGCCCUAACAGAGAACAGGCGAGUAUUGAGUGAGCUUGUUUUAGAGCCUUUAAGGGAUGAAGAGUAUUAUGAGGUUCGAGAACCUUUCAACAUAAUGUCUGUUGUGAAAAGUCCUAUGGGUCUGAUGGUAGGAUUCAUGGUAAUUGUUGUAUUCCUGAUGCCCAAGUUAAUGGAGAACAUAGACCCUGAAGAAAUGAGAAGAGCACAAGAAGAAAUGAGGAACCAAGGUGUCCCAACUCUAUCAAGCUUGCUACCUGGGGCUGGCCGGAGCAGUUAAAGGGACCAAUUUCGAUAUCAAUUACAUCUCCAGCUCAGAUGCAUCUAACUCCUGCGGAAAGCACUCAGAAUUUCUAACAGUUGAAGCAAAUGAGCCUAAUCAUCUUGUUGUUCGGGUGACCCGUUUCUGGCUAAAGCAGUCUGGAAGAAGCUAAACUUGUUUGCGUGCUUCAUUUUGAUUUUGAUAGUCAUAUCUAUUAGACAUUACUUUGGUCUGCAUUUCAUCAUUAGUUUUAAGGAGUCCCUCAGCUAUAUAAACGUUCAUCAUCUUUGUUACCCAAUUGGGACUAAACAUCAUUUUAAUCAUACUUCUCAUUCACAUUUGCCCCCCACUAAUUGCUUUUGUGUGUGUGUACAAAAAAUUACACGUUUUAUUAUGUUUUUCUUAGCAAAACGAGUUAAGAAAAAAUUAGGCUUUUCAAGAAAGCUAUGUUAUAACCA